CUCUCUGUUUCCCACUGUCUUCCGGCUGGCCAGCGAAGGGAAGAUUGUGGUUCUGUCUUUGGCUAUUGGUUUGGCUGAGCAAGAUGACUUUGCCAAUAUCCCUGAUCCAAUCACCUCCAUGCAGGAAGCACCACCAGCCAAUCAGGAAGCACUUCCUCCUCCACCUGACAAGAGGGGCGUGGGCAACAAGCCAUGCAACAGUCCCAAGGGCCAUCGCCCCGACGGACACUCCUCAGUCACCGAUCUGGCCAACUCACUCACCGGAGACAUGGUCAUGCUGUCCCCGGGAUCAGAGGACGACGAUGGUGAAGGUGCUGUCAGUGAGAAGCUGGGACGGAUCCAGUUCUCUGUUGGUUACAGCUUCCAGGAUUCCACUCUGACUGUCAAGAUCCUCAAGGGCCAGGAGCUACCAGCCAAGGACUUCUCUGGGACCUCUGACCCCUUUGUCAAGAUCUACCUGCUGCCUGACAAGAAGCACAAGCUGGAGACCAAGAUCAAGAGGAAGAACCUAAACCCUCACUGGAACGAGACCUUCCUGUUCGAAGGUUUCCCAUACGAGAAAGUGAGGGAGAGGACUCUGUACCUGCAGGUGUUAGACUUUGACCGAUUCAGUCGUAACGAUCCCAUCGGGGAGGUUUCCAUCCCUCUCAACAAGCUCAGUGACCUGGGACACAUGCAGACCUUCUGGAAGGAACUCAAACCCUGCAUGGACGGAGCUGGGAGGCGAGGGGACCUGCUGGUGUCUCUGUGCUAUAACCCAACAGCCAACACCAUCACUGUGAACAUCAUCAAAGCACGUAAUCUCAAAGCCAUGGAUAUAGGAGGAACAUCAGACCCCUAUGUGAAGCUGUGGCUGAUGCACAAGGACAAACGCAUUGAGAAGAAGAAGACUGUGACGAUAAAGCGUUGUCUGAACCCCGUCUUCAAUGAGUCUUUCCCCUUCGAGGUUCCGGCCCACGUCCUCCGGGAGACCACCAUCAUCAUCACGGUCAUGGACAAGGACCGGCUCAGCCGCAACGAUGUCAUCGGCAAGAUCUACCUAUCAUGGAAGAGUGGUCCAGCGGAAGUGAAACACUGGAAGGACAUGAUGGGCCGGCCGCGUACUAAUGUGGCCCAAUGGCACGCUCUCAAGGCCUGAUCGUCCCGCAGACUCUCUUCCAUGGCCCCCUCCCCCUCCCUCCAACGUCCAAUCCCCAUCCUUAUGCACAAGACUGACUAGCUGCCAGGCUGCAACAUACGGGUACAAUUAGCCAUCCACUCUCUUGACCUUUAGACCGCUCUGCCCUCUUCUCCUCUCUUCUCCCCUCUUCUCCUCUCUUCUCCCCUCUUCUCCC